UGAUCAACAUACAAGUCGAUUGCAGUGAACUAUUUCACCAAGAUAGAUUGUGACCAUGCGUCAAUUCGAUCGAUCAACUGUUGUCGACGAAGAGCUUCAUGAUUUGAAGCUUCGGUUUGAACUCUUGGAGGGCGACCGGAAGGCUUACUACGAAACAAGCCAAUGGGCCAUCCGGCAAAACAAGGAGGAGGUCAGCCAGCUUCGUAUGCGAAAUAAGGAGCUCAGUGAUGCCAUUGCCAAACUCAAAAAGACAGAAGCGGAUGUGCAAAGCAACCGUGCCUCCAUGUCCGAAUUGGAAAAGUUUGAUCAAAAGAUAUGUGAAAUGCACAAGAAAUUUGAUGAACUACAAGCUGAGGCUCGAGCGAAAGAGGAGAAAUUGAGAGGAAUGCACGACCAGCUAGCGGAUUUGCGGAGAGAGGCAGAGAUUGUUAAAUCAAACCUACAGGAUUCGCCACAGGCUAAGGAGAUACGGAUGUUGGAGAACAGGCUCGACAAAGCAAUGAUCAAGUACAACGAAGCCCAAGCCGUUCGCAAAACAUACGAACAGAUUGUCAAACGAUUGCAAGAGGAACGCUUGACCUUUGAUAACCAGCUCGCAAAUUUUGAAAAAAGCUUGAAAGCCAAGAAACAGGAUGCAUCGGAGUUGGAGAUGAUGUCCAGAGAUGCGAACCAUGCUAAAGAGGUCGCCAAAGCAGAAUUAGCACGAUUGGAGCAGCAGAUCAACGAAGAGCGGAAACAGCGAGAAAAGGAUUUGCAAACUAGAAAAGAACUAGUGAAGCAAAAAUUGGAGAUAUCCGAUAAGAUUGACUGGAAGAAGUUACAACUCGAAGACCAAACCGGUGACAUGGCGAUGACAGCAGAAGCCAAUAAAGAACACUACGAUGAGGCUCGCGAGAAAAAGAUUGUAGAAUACGAAGAAAACAUGCGACUCAUCAAGGAGGCCACUGGAGUGUCUGACAUCAACGAAGUCAUUGCGAAAUUCCAGUCUCAGGGCGAUACACACCAGCAUUUAUCACAACUUCAAAAAGCAAAUGAAGCCCGCAAUGAAGAACUAAAACGGAAGAAGAAGGAGAUUUUGGCAGAAUAUGAGGAUCUCAAGUAUUCUGGCGAGGCGAAACUUGCUCAUGCUAGGCGCAUGAUUGAGGAGAUGGAGCAACACCUGGCAGAAGCAGAAGUGAAAACAGCUGAAACAAAAGUCAAGUACGAACGAACAGCAAAAUUGAUGACAAAUGCAAAAGCUGGUAUCAAUCAUCUAUCUGACAAGCUUGAUGGUAUCCACCUGCCCGAUACACCAUCUCUGAAAAUGUCAGACGAGACAGUGGUGCAAAUUCUCGAAAUAUGCAUCCGCAAGCUCGAACAGUUGGCCACUAAUGUGCAAGGGAAGGAGGUGCCUGAGCCUGUUGCACCGCAGCCUGUCGCACCCGCCACAGCCGGGGAAACAACGAGCAUCUUCCAAAUAAGUCCAUCUCAACUACCGGUAUAUAACACACGUGUUAAGCUUCGUCCCGUAGAGUUUGAAGAAUCAAGUGGUGAGGAUGAGGAAGAAGAUGAUGAUUACGGUGAAGUUCCUGAUCGGGAAACCAUCAAGAAGCACACCGCGCAGAUGCUCAACGCCAAGCUCAAGACGAAGCAGGCAAAGAAAGGCAAAAAGAAGCGGGCAGCAAAGGAUGAAGAUUGAAAUUAAUAGUAAAUGUAAAUGUUUCAAUAUCGAUCAUCCCAGAGAUGGUCCCGUUAAUCGUUGAGGA